AUUGAUGAAUUGUCUCGUUUCGUCUGCUGGGUGUGAUGUGACGCGGCGGGCACGGACGAGGACGAUAUCGGGUGGCUCAGCAUACGUCGACGUUGACCGAUUGACAGCCAACUUGCCGCCCCAGGACAUAUGCAAGCUGUUUCUUGACGGAGGACGUUCGCAUUUUGUUCACCUGGACGCCCGCCGGAACUGAUCCGGGUUGGCGGUUUUAUACUGAGCAGGAAGCCAAGAAAGACCGCCGUGUCGCAGGGUUUCUUGAAGCUGCGCCUCUCAAGGUUACUACUGAUUAACCAUUGCUUUAUUAGCCGAGAUCUACAUAUGCCGGUGCGUGAAUCCCAACAACACUCUGCUAGUCUGCUUGGUGAAUCUCUUUCGGAUUUGCUUUCCGUAUCCGAAGCACGCCAAAGGCAUGGCCAGUAUAAAGAGCAGGCUGGUCCGAUCGCGCCACACCACCACUCCAUUAUUUUCACACAUCCUCACCUCACCAAACCGGAAGCGCACUCCAGCAAUUUACGCCUUUGCGCUGUAAAAUCGUGAAGCGGACAGCGCACUCGUGUCGGCGCCACCAACCUUCUUAAUCUCCCGGCCCUCACCUCACCUCCUCUCCUCUGCUGCCCCGCCAAGGCACCAAGCGAGAUGGCGACGACGUAUGGCGCCGCGCCCGUGCCUAGGGUGGUCGCCGUCCUCGCCGGGCUGCUCGAGCGCGCGGCGGAGCGCGGCGACGGCGAGGGUAGCGCCGGCGCGACGGCGUUCCGCGGGCGGACGAGGCCGGGGAUCGCCGUGCGGCGGUACGCGGAGCGGAUAUACCGGUACGCCGGGUGCAGCCCGGCGUGCUUCGUUGUGGCCUACGUCUACCUCGACCGCCUCGCCCAGCGCCGGGAGGAGGAAGAGCAGGCGGAGGUGGUGGACUCGUACAGCGUGCACCGCCUGCUCAUCACCACCGUCAUGGUCGCCGCCAAGUUCAUGGACGACAUCCACUACAACAACGCCUACUUCGCGCGCGUGGGGGGCGUGUUGGUGUCGGAGAUGAACGGCCUGGAGUUGGAGCUCCUCUUCGCCCUGCGCUUCCGCCUCAACGUCACGCCCGCCACCUUCGCCCGCUACUGCGCCGCGCUCGAGGGCGAGAUGACGAUGGAGCCCGCCGUUCAGGACCCCGUGCCGCUGCCUUCGCCGUCUCCGGAGGAGGAGCGCCGCCGUGACCAGGCGCUCAAGGACGCCGCCGCAGCCACGGUCGCGAGCAGAGCCUUCGCGGCUGCUCAAAGAGCAGUGGGGAUCACCCAAUGACGACCGGCCGGGGGCAUAGCAAAAUGGCACUGCUUGCGCGAUUCUUUCAUCUGUUCGUUUCGGUUCUUGUUGGGCUGACACAAACCUUUGUUCGUUCAAUUGGUCAUGUUCGUAAAUGGAAAAUUCCACUGCAUAGGAUUAUUUAUUUGUGUUGAUAUUCAUAUUAAAGUGAUAGAUUAAAAAAUUAUAAGAUAGUUGAGAAUCAACAGAUACAUAUAGAUAAUGAGAUAACAUGUAUAUCCAUAUUCAUAUUUGUGUGUGUAAGUAUAAUGGUAAGCAAACGGUUGCAUCUGCAUGAGCUUACUUGUACAGAGGAAUGCGAGGAUUCUAUGCAGGCUCAAAGGAAAUCAAUUCACUUUUGGUUGGGACU